UUACCAUGGUGACAUCAACAACGCUACCGUUUUCCUUUGUGUCUAGCUUUAAUCACUCGAUACUAAACCUGAGUUAACGACGGCAGUUGACUAAUAUAGACUGUAUCAGUUACUGCGUUUAAGCUGAAACAAUUUUUCUGAACAUUUAAAGUUCAUUCAACUGGUCUGUUCCUCAAAAUAUUCAAAAUGGACAUCGGCGAAAAGCUAAAAGAGCUAAACUUGUCGUCGGAGGAAGUGGGCAGAUUUACCAAAGCCUUCAAAGACGAUAAAUUCAGGGAGAUGUUCUGCGAAUACGUCCAAGAAAUAUCCGAACCUGAAAACAGGAGAAAGUACGAAGAGGAAAUCCGACAGUUGGAGCAGGAGAGAGGAAACAACGUGGAGUUUAUCCAGCCGACACCGUUCAGGGUGAUCAAAACGAGCGCAGCUGGAAAGCAGAAAUGCUUCAUCAACAUCUGUGCCAAUGAUACAAUCCAGAAACCAGAGGGAAAGAGUGCUUUGUCAGAGGAUGGCCGAAGGGGGCAGUGUUGGACCUUACCUCACAGUCUUCAUCCUGGGAGGUCAGAGAGAGACACUAAAGGCAACACAUUUAUGGUCUAUGAUGUCAUUUUCCACCCUGACACGCUGCACAUGGCCGCUAAAAACAGAGCAUUCAUGGAUAUGGUGUACGACGCAGCUAUUGAUGGAGUCCAAAGAGCAUUUAACAUAAAUCUAGACAAAUACAAUGUGAGAGAAAUGAAGACAAAAUAUAAAGGUACCCCUCAGACAUUUGUUAUCCGAAAACCCAUACCUGGAUACGAUCCCCAGAACCCUGCCCCUGCCUUACCAUGCCUAGAUGUUCCUCAGCCACAGAUGGAGUGUGACGAGUCGCCUUCAUUAACAAACAGCAGAGAUGUUCAACAACAGAGCUCCCAGUUCCAAUCACAGAAGAACCAGGAGCCAGCAAAGCCAAACUACACAGUAAAAUACCGAUCUAGGGUUGAUUUACAGGACUUCAGGUAUUCUAGAGACUCGGUGCAGAGCUCCAGACCCAAUGAAAUUCUCAUUACUAUUGACCUGCCUCUCCUGAAGUCAGUCAGAGACACCAGCCUUGAAAUAAAGGAGAAAAGUCUGCUUCUGGAGAACAAACAGCCAGCCUACAGGCUCCAUCUGCCUUUAGCCUACCCUGUGGAUGGAGACCAAGGAGAGGCCAAGUUCAACAAACACACAGGACAGCUCACUGUCGCCCUGCCGGUCUGUCCACCCGAUGAAGCUCUUAAUGAUUCUGCUGGACCUUGUCCUCCAGUGAGUGCUCCUGAGAGAGACAGUGAGAGUCCAGAGGAGCAAAGUGAGGUCGAAGAGGACCAAGGGGAAAAAGGGAUUUAUGAGAAGAGCGAGCAAGAGGUCCAGACAGGUGAACUGGAAGAAGAAAAACAGAAAAAAGGAAAUGGAUUGGUUAACAACAGUGAAGAACAGAAAAGUGGAGGAAAGGAGAAUAAAUGUCACCAAAUAAAACAAAAACAGCAUGAAACAGAGGAGGGAAAAACAGAAACAGAGCUUCCAAUCUGGAGCGUGGAUGAAAAGCAAGAUACAUUACAAGUAAACAAGGAGGUGGAAAAGAAGGAAGGUGGACUAAUGAAGGAAACCCAAAGUCGAUAUUCAGAGAAAAGAUCAGCUCUGGAUAAAGAUUACUGUCAAGUAGGAGAUGAUCCUGUUAGGAAAACAGGAGUUUAUGCUCAGGAAACUGCAGCUGUCAAAAAACGAUCUGCUUCUGCUGAAACUAAAAACCAGGGUGUUUUAAUCUCUGACGAACAGACCAGUUUCUCAGAAGAGGAAAAAGAAGCUAAACCAACCUCAAGUUUGGAGUCUACAUCCAAAACAUCUUUAGACCUCCAGGUGGGGCCUGGAAAGGUCAGGAAUGUUCAGGAAAAUACGCAGGCUCAACAAGACACUUCACUUCAGCACCUUCCAUCCAUGGAGGAACCCCAGAUUUCACCUGAGGUUUCUUUCCCACCAACCGAGACCGCUCAAAGCCAGGGCAGUGUGGGGGAUGUCAGGCUUUCAGGGAGGCCGCUGGAGUCCAGCCAGGUGUUUGUUACAGAUGCAGCAGGAAAGGGGAGGGAAACAGGUGAAGAUGACCUGCCAGAACAUCACGUCCCCCAGAGGUCAGAGCAGGACAACCAGCCACCAGUCGAAGUGUCACUGAGGGAGAUCAAUGCCGAUGGAAAAGAGACGCUGAUCAGUGAUCAUUCCACAUCUGCAGGUUUCGUUUUCCAGAACAAACUUAUGUACGAGCUGGACUGAUGCUCCGUGUUUUCAAAGAGAAUGAAGACAUUUUAUGUCGAAGAUUUUUUCUGCUAUCAUAUUGUAGCUGAGAUGUUUUCAAAGUGAGAGUUUACACGCUGUUCUGUGGGUUUCUCUCAACGUUAAUAAACUAAAAAGUAUCUAUUAAUAAAUAUUCAUGACAAAAAUA